AAAACCUCUGUUAGAUGCGCCUGGUGAAAAUCGAUAAUUUUCUUCUAUUUUCCGAUGUAGGCACAGCCAUGAAAGACAUGAUUUUCCUUGAUUGUUCAGUUCUGUCUGUAUAGUGAGAGUCGUGAUGUUACCAUAUUGAACAUGGCACACACCUUUAAGCUUGAACCAACCGAUGAUGACUACUGCUCUGAAAAAAAAGACGAAUUUAAAAAAAACCAAACGACACCGCCAAUUAUUCCUGGAACAGAAAUUCCCCCUAAAGAAAAAAGAAUUCCAACAAAAAUUACUUUGAAGCAAAGGAAAUUUAAAGUCAAUACUUUAGGCUGUAUAACUUAUAUCAUUGUAACCACAAUAUCUAUUGUCAUUGUUGGUUAUUUAAUUAUAAAACAUCAAUUAACCAAUCAAUUACAAUCAAAACUGAAUGCAAAAACUCCUAAAAUAAAAGGGUGUGAUCAUAUUGAAGUAGAGGACGUGUGGGCAACUACGCUACCCAAAUUGUUAACAGAAUCGGCAUUUAGACUUUCAGAUGUUAAUAAAGAUGGUAUACCAGAUUUUAUAUUUGGUUUCGCCACAGGAGUUGACGGUUAUUCCAUACCAAAAAUUGUUUGUGAUAUUUAUUUCAAUGGCACAUUUCCUUGCUAUGGUGGAAUGAUGGCGCUAAAUGGUGAAGACGGGAAAGAACUUUGGAGAUACUACACUGAUCAUGAAAUAUUUGGAAUAAAUUGUAAUGCUGAUCUUAAUUCAGAUGGUGUGAAUGAUUGUCUCGGUGGAGGAAGAGCUGGGGUGUUUGAUGCUGUAAAUGGACGGACAGGAACGCUAUUAUGGAAAUUUAAAGAUAAACUGGUUAAGAAUAGCAUUAUGAAUCUGUAUACAGCGCAUACAAUUGAUGAUUUAGACAAAGACGGUAUUCUCGAUGUUUUGGCAAUUCACGGAGGAGAUCCAUUAAGUGAACCAGGCAGCAAACAUCGCCUUUCUGGUCGAAUCGUAUUUUUUAGUGGAAAGUCGGGAAAGGUUCUUAGUUGGUCUGGGGUACCGGAUGAAAAAGAAUCUUACUAUUCACCUCAAGUCUUAACAAAAUCAGAUGGAACCAAACUUGUAUUGUUUGGAACAGGUGGGGAGACUCACGGAGGAGGUCUCUGGCUAUUAAGUGUCAACGAUCUGUUCUAUCAUCGACUGGAAAAUGCAAUUUGCAUAUUUUCUGAUCCAAAGAAAGGCAUCAUGACACCCCCUGUUUUGGUAGAUCUCAAUGGUGAUGGCGAGGAGGAUAUCGUGAUGUCUUUGUUCAAUUCGCAUGUCAUUGCAUUUAAUGGGAAAACAUAUAGUCAACUGUGGAAUUUUUCCAUCCCUUCAUCAGAAUCUUACAAUACUCCUGCACCAGGGUAUUUCAAUGAUGACAAAAUACCUGAUUUCUUGAUCAAGUUUGCGCAUGGACCAGGUUUUCCAAUUUAUUAUUUUUCUGAGACAGCAAUCUUAGAUGGAAGAAAUGGCAAAAGCUUACUAGGAUCGCCUAUCCUGGAUACAAUGGGAGCCCAAGCCUCACCUUUGACUAUAAGCAUUGAAGGUUACGGAAACGAUGUAUUUCUCUUCUGGGUAUCUGAUUGCGCAAACCAUGAAGGACAAGAGGGAAAAUAUAAAUUUGUGAAAGGAACUAACAUACAUGAGCAAAGCAGAUCCGAUUUCUGUCGUCUGCGAUUUAAAUCUAGAGGGUAUUCAAAACUUUUGGCUAAAAAUCAACACAUGGCGUCAACAGGAAUUGACAUUUAUUAUUCUGGAAAGAGAAAGCAUUUGGAACACCAAGGUUGGAUAAACACCACAAAGGAAUCCAUAGAUUACAUUAAAAGUCAUCCAGAUAUUUACUACAACUUCCUUCAACAUCAAAAGGUGAUAGGAAAUGCAGAAAAGAACAAAAACAUAUCAAAAAUUAACAAGAUACCUGAACUGGCUGAAAGAAACAAUGGAGUACAUGUUGAUAAAAAAGUUUAUUAUCCUUCUAAAAAUUCCAUCCGCACACAAAUUGAAAUUGAAAAGGUUCAACGAAUUGAAAAAAAGUUGAAACUGGACCAAACCAAUCGACAGAAAAUUCAUGAUAAAGCUAAAAGAAUAAAGCGACAUGUUGGUCCUCAUGACGAUGACGGUAUUCAACGGUUAUUAUCAACAGGAACUUUGGCACCAACAACAUUGGCCAAUACACAUCCAAACUACAACUAUUCAAUAGACGUAGUGUUUGCUACUUACUGGUUUUUUCCUGCUAAAACACAAGCAAUUCUUCCAAAGGAUCAAGUUUGCAUAUCAGAGAAAAUGGAUGACGAAAAAGCACGUUUAGAUGUUUUGAGCAAGUAUUAUGGUCUUAACCACGAUGAAUAUGAACGUGUGAUUACAAAAGAAUGUUUAAACGAAAGUGAUCAUGAACUGCCCCAAGAUGAAACAUACGAAUCGCAGUCCACAUACAACCCAUACAAUAUUCAUAUGGGUCAAAUGACUGUUUACAGGUUAAGACUAACGAUGUCGUGCAAAAAAAGCAAGCCAAAUGAACACUGCUCUCGAGUACUUCCUUUUGAAGAGCAGCAAUGGACUUCUUAUAUGGGAAAUAAAGGCGACAGUCAUUGGAAACCAAGGUUUAUGAAAUAAAGGAUGGUGUUAGUU